CGGCACUAUCCGGAAAACAGGUGGGAAAAGAAAAUAACAGCCUCGUUUCGGCGUCUCUGUCCUGCUAACGGAUGGAGGGUGUGGAGGAGAGAGGCGGGGCUAACCGGCCGCCCAGGCGUGGGAAAUCUCCAAGGAGACGGAGAGAGGGGAAAAAAUCUCACCGAAGAUCAAACGGUCCAAGCGCUCAAGAGCAGGCAGGAAAUGACCAGCGAGCUGAAGAGCACGAGGCUUCAGAGACGCCCGCGGCGUUGGAGGAGACGAGCGAGAGCUCGCCUAAAAGACUGGACCGAUGCAGACGAGCUCAUUUUCUUCAUGGACCGUAUCCCACCACUCACUUCGGACCCAAAGCCUGCAUCCUCCCCAACCCGACCUCAGUCAUGCACAUCCAGGACCCGGCCAGCCAGCGGCUAACAUGGAGCAAACCCCCCCUGAAUGUGCUGGUGAUCCGGAAGGUCAGAGACGAGGGUCUGCUGGAGCCCUUUAAGGAGCUGUGCAGGUUUCUGGUGGAGGAGAAGCACCUGAUGGUGUACGUGGAGAAGAAGGUGGUGGACGACGUCGCUCUCACAGCAGACGAGACGUUCUCCAGCAUCCGGAAGCAGCUGUGCACCUUCAGAGAAGGGUUUGAUGACAUAUCAGACUGUGUAGAUCUGAUCAUCUGUCUGGGUGGAGACGGAACGCUGCUCUACGCUUCCUCACUUUUCCAGGGCAGCGUUCCCCCUGUUAUGGCCUUCCACCUGGGCUCCCUCGGCUUCCUCACUCCCUUCAAAUUCGAGUCCUAUAAGACGGAAGUGGACAAAGUGUUCGAAGGCAACGCAGCCAUCGUCCUGCGCAGUCGUUUGAAGGUGAAGGUGGUGAAGGGUUUGUUCCAGAGAAGAGAGCAGCUCUUCAAACCCGAGGGAAACGGAACCGGCCCUCCGAACCACAUCAGCACGGAGGCGGGCAAAAUCACACUGCAGCUGCAGGUGCUGAACGAGGUGGUGGUGGACAGAGGCCCCUCCUCUUACCUGUCGAAUGUUGACCUGUACCUGGACGGCCGCCUCAUCACCUCCGUCCAGGGCGAUGGUGUGAUCGUAUCGACUCCGACGGGCAGCACUGCGUACGCAGCAGCAGCCGGAGCCUCCAUGAUCCACCCCAACGUCCCGGCCAUCAUGGUGACCCCCAUCUGCCCCCACUCGCUCUCCUUCAGACCCAUCGUGGUCCCUGCGGGAGUGGAGCUGAUGAUAACACUGUCCCCCGACGCCCGCAACACGGCCUGGGUCUCCUUCGACGGCAGGAAGAGGCAGGAAAUCCAGCACGGAGACAGUAUUAAAAUCACCACCUCCUGCUAUCCGGUACCGUCGCUCUGCUGCCACGAUCUGGUGUACGACUGGUUCGACAGCCUGGCGCAGUGUCUGCACUGGAACGUCCGCAAGAAACAAACACGACUGACCGACGGCUCGGACUCCUCCGACACCGAAAACUGACCUCACAAACACAAAUAGGCACAAAUGCUACACCAGCGUGCAGGAGUCUGAGCGCCCCCUGGUCCAAUCCCAUGUAAUUGUUGAUUUUCUAAGAGGAAAAAUAGAACAUCCUCCACAGAGAACACGCUUAAAUAUACUUACACAGUGGAGCAAAAAUAAAACAGAACUCCCACACCGGCCAUGUUUCGCUUUAGUUUUGUUCCCCCGAUGUUCCAUGCAGCUAAUAAACACUAAAGUGUGCUCUGUGUUCUCUGUAGAGAACUUAUUUACAUUUAAAAAAAUCAACAAACAUAAUUUGACUAUGGGGUGCAUAAACUUUUGCACCUGACUGUAUGUUGGAUUUUGUCACUGUCGUAAUUAACCUCGUUAAUAUUAACUAUAGAAGGAAAAAACCCUCUUAACUUUUAAUUAAGACCGAGUACUUUUCAGAAAUUGAGUAUUAAUACUUUUUAGGAUAUUUAGAGAAUUAUGAACUAUAAGUGGGUGUGGCUUAAACCAGAAACACAAGUUGGUGUAAUUAAAGGCCACAAUAAUAAAAGCUAUGAAACAAAACACACUGAUUAGAUUACUGCAGAUACAGAAAUCAUUUAAACAUUUUUUAAUUUAGAAUUUCUAAAAUGAGCCCUUAUUUGUCAAUGAAUCACAAUAAUAUGACACGAAUGCAAUUUAGACAGCCAAUCAGCUGCCUGGAUUUUGGAACAGGCUUGUUUAUUGGCUGAUGCUGAUGAGACUGAACACCUACUGAAAUUUCAGUAAUACUGAAAUGAGUACCAUAAAAGUUUAAAUUUGACACCCAGUCCUGCUUUUAAUGUAUGUAAACAUAAGUAAUUUUAGAGCAUUUCUAUUGGUCCAUUCAACGUACAGUAUUUACAUACUGUAAGGCACAGCUGUCACUUUUAAAUGGUGCAAAAAGUAAACAAAAUGAUAUUUUUAUUACGACAGUGACAAAAUGUUAUAUUACUAUUAAAGCACAAACGCAUAAAAACAGACUUCCAAUAAAGUUGUUCCUAGACAGAACUUGGCACAUAUUAAUAUAUUAAUAAUCAAUAGUUGUAGCUUUAUCUGUAAUGAUUAUGUACAUUCCAGCCCAUUUCAGCCUCCAGCCUCAUUCGCCACUCAGGUAAGCGCUCUGAGCUCCAGCCGGAGCAGCUCAUCCCAGAACCCACUCACAGUUCGUGCUCUCGCUUAAAGGGGCCAGAAUGUAACAGCUGCACCAUUUAAAGGAGAAUUCCACCCAUUUUUCAGAAUUUCUCCAUAACUCAGUGUGUGAGGUAAUCAGAGUGGUUCAGAGUGGUUUGGUGUGAAAUGG